AUGUUGUCGGUUUUCACGUCUCGGUGGAUGAUGUCGGAUUUGUGGAGAGAGGGCAUUGGAGGUUUCGAAGGCGAUGCGCAUGCGAGCGGGCCAAGGGAGGAAGGAGUCGAGGGCCCGGUGGCCGUGGAGGUGGUCGGCGAGGGUGGAGUUGGGGACGUACUCGUAGACGAGGAGGAGCUCGCGGCUGCGGCGGGAAGUGCAACCGUAGAGGGAGACGAGGUUUUGGUGGCGGAGAGUUGUGAGGAUUUUUAUCUCGUUCAUGAACUGCUCAACUCGACGAAGCUUUCGCCGGCCUCUAUGUCUGAUUUAGAGGAUGGAUCGAAAGAUGAAUUCCUCGAGAAGAGGUAG